AUGUCCUCCCAGAAUGCGCCAUCAAAAGGCGCCGACGCCAAAGCGGCCGGCCAUCCCAACCAAACUCUUUACUGCACCAACCUCCCCGACAAGCUUCGCAAGCAUGACCUGCGCUCCUCGCUGUACACCUUGUUUUCCACCUACGGUACCGUCCUCGACGUGGUGGCCAUGAAGACGAGCAAAAUGCGCGGCCAAGCCCACAUUGUAUUCAAGGACGUUCAAGCUAGCACACAAGCACUCCGCGCCCUUCAAGGGUUUGAUUUCUUCGGCAAACAGAUGAAAAUUGUCUAUGCGAAAGGCACGUCCGAUGUUCUCGCCAAGCUUCGCGGUACAUAUGUCGCUCCUGUCACAGAGCAACCAGUUGUUUCCACCGACCUGCAAAAGUCCAUCUUCAGUGGACCCCCUGGUGCGAUCCCCGCACGACCGAACGUGAACGGCGAGAACCAGGGAGUGAAGCGCGCCCGCGAAGAAGAAAGCGACGAGGGAGAAGCCCCGAUGGAUGAAGACAGCGAUGUGCCAAUGGAAGCCUCAUCCGAUGAAGAGUAA